AUGGACGCAGAAGACGACUAUAUGUCGAUGGUGAUUGAGGAGCCGACGCAGAGGGAGACUUUUGCGCAGAAGAAGCUCCGUAAACAGCGGGAGGCAGAAGCCCGGGCUCGGGUCCCCUCGAAAGCCGAACGCGUCGCCCAAGAGAAUGCCCGGCGAGACGCCGCACUGGCGACGAGCACGCUCGAUCCGCGCAACAAGGGGUUUCAGAUGAUGGCGAAGCUUGGGUUCAAAGCAGGCGAUACGUUAGGGAAAAGGAAAGAAACAGAAGGCUCGACUACAGACUCGACCACGAAUACAAAUACAAAUACAAAUACAAAUACAAAUACAACAACAAAUACACAUACACAUCGCAGCGAACCGUUGAAUCUUGUGUUCAAGGAAGACCGCGGCGGGAUCGGACUAGACAGCGAACGGAAGCGCAAGUUCCGUGAAGAAGCAGCAGGCGUGGAGAAGAAAGCCCGCGCCGAGGAAGGCGAUUACCGCGAACGCGUGCGGGCUGAGCGGGAGACGCGCCGAUGCGAGGCGCAAGUCAUUGCCGCACAGAAGGUUGCAGAAAGACUAGACGGGAUGAAAGAAGGGAAGGAUGAUGGUGGCGUGGAGGAGGAGGGCGAUGAUAGCAAGCCUACCUCGUCUGUUAACGUGUUAUAUCGAGGUCUUGUGCGGGCACGACAAGAACAUGAACGAGAGGUCCUUGCCCGCCACGCGCUGCACACCUCGUUGCCGUCCUCGUUCUUCCCGACCCCACGCUUACCUUCUUCUUCUUCCUUGCAUGAGGAUCCGGAGGUUGACCGGGACGACCGGUACGCACUGGAAGACGAAGACGAGGCAGUGGCUCGGUUCGAGCAGGAGGAUGCCGAGGCGGAAGAAGACGCCGAGCUGGAGGCCUUUGACGCGCUGGAGCCGAGCGAGCGGCUGCAUAAGCUGGUGGUCUACCUACGGGACUCGCAUUGGUACUGUUUCUGGUGUAAAUGCGCGUACGACUCGGCGGAGAUGGAGGGGUGUCCUGGGUUUACCGAAGAGGAUCAUGACUGA